AAAGAACUUGGUCUAGGGAAUUCAGGAAAAGCGUAUACAGCCUCAAUGAACUUUGGCUUUGAUAGUUGGAGGGGAACAAUUGAGUUUUACGCAUUUGAGUGCAAUGGAGAUGAGGAUACAUUAAGUAAAUGCAAGCACGAAUCGUAUGUCGCAAGAUAUGAUUGUCCCACCCACUAUGUAGCAGGACUACGUUGCUACCAAGACUACGAUGUCCGUUUAACUGGCAGUGCUCCAAAUCCUGACAUGGCUGGACGGUUGGAGAUCUACAUGAAUGGUAGCUGGGAAACUAUAUGUGAUGCGGGCUGGGGUGACGAAGAUGCGGUCGUUGCGUGCCGACAAUUAGGCCUAUUUAGAGGUCACCUUGAUCAACAAGCUGUAGCAACUGUCUCUUAUACACAUCUGCAGUGUCUGCCGGAACUUUGGCUUUGA